UAUUGUGUAUAUUUAGGCUACCUACAAAUGAAUAUUAGUAACGAAAACAAUUCAAAUCAUCAGUCGAUAGCGUUAUUCACAGCCACGAACACUACCUACCUACUUUGUAUUUUAUAGUAAUUAUUACUCAAUUAAUUUCAGUCUAAUAUCAAAAUGGUAUUAAAGUACGCCUCCGCUCAGGGUCAAUGCUUCAGGGAUUAUUUGAAAGUGGUAUUUAUAAUAACUACAAUAAUAGCAUCAACUGUUGCUAUGCGGCCAUUUUACGCAGGAUCCGGGGGUGAAAAAGGGUUUGUGCCCAGUCAAUUCCGAGACACUAGUGACAAACAGAACCUUCCCACACCUACUCAACACUUUAGGUCCAACAGUAAUGGACAAAGAGUUACUAGUGGAGCCGAUCUUCAAAGCGGAGAUCAAAGAAACCAAGAGCAGCGUAGAUUUGGAGAACCUGUCGGUACUGAAACUAGGACAAUUAGACCACCUUUGACUAAGGGAUCUUAUGCAGGAUCUGUCACUAGAACUAAAUUUCAUAUGUGACUGUUAUAUUUAUUUUUCCGUUAUCAAUUAGACUUUAAAUUUCUGUAUUAAAAUUAUCCUGUUGUCUUGUUGUAACGCUU